AUGCCUCUGAGAAACUCAGCGGGGUAUGGAUCAAACAGAACAGAGUUGUUGGACAAGAGCGCCGUGAAGAAUGAGGGAAGGCAGGAAAUGCUCGCUGCUGCUGCUCAGCAACGUUUGGCAAAGAAGGAUGCUCGUAUCUUCAAGAGCUUGGAGUUGGCUGCUCAGAAGAAGGUCGAAUCGGGAGUCAUCCUUGACAAGGAGUUCAUCGAGGCUCGCAACAAGCAGAUCGUGCUGGACGAACGUCUUGCUCAGCUCAACCGCAAGUUGCAGGCACAGAGGCAGGCUCUCGCCUACAUCUGGCCCAGGACCAUGGAGCGCGCAGCCGUCACCAGAGAGAUGAACUUGGGAGAGAAGAAGCUCGUUAACACGCUCCCAAAGCUCCACAAGGACAUCCUUGCGGUCCGCCAGGCCCUCAAGAAGACCCUCGACGAGGUGAAGCCAGCCAAGAAGGAGCUUCGCACCUCCGACGAGAUCUUGGCCAAGUCUGAGAAUGCCUACAAGCUCUUCGGAGCUCGCAUCGAGCAAUCUCGUGAGAAGGCUCGCCUUGCCAGACAGCAGGAUCAGGAGCUCAGAAUGGGUGCGAUGUUGGCAGAGAGAGCUUCCCAGCAGCUCAAGGCCAAGGCAAUCUCUUCGGGCAACAAGCAGGAAGCUGCUCUUCUCCUUCAGGAGUCCAAGGAGCAAGCUAGCAAGGCUGACAUGUACAGAAAGCAGGCGGACGAGUCUGUCCAGACGGCUCAGUUGUUGGAGGCUGAGGCGGAUGAGGCGGCGUCGUACAUGAGCAUGUUCGGAUCCGACUUGACUCAGGCUAGCGCUAGGAGGAAGCAGGCUCUGAACAAGUUGGAGUUCCUCUCCCAGCAGUACCAGAGAGGGUCGCUCCUGGAGCAGGCUGCUGUCCAGAAGGAGAGGGCGCUCGCCUACGAGAUGAACAACGCUCAGAACUCGCUGAAGCAGGACAAGAGGGAGCUCAAGCAGGAUGAAGCUGCUCUUGCCACUGGGGAGAAGGCCACCGCCAAGACUGUGACUGAGUUGAACGUCGACAAGAAGUCCGCCGUGCAGAACUACAAGAGUGCCAUUGCUGAUCUCACCAAGAUCAGGCAGGACAAGGCCAAGUACGUCCGUGAUGCUGAGCAGGCCAUGGAGGUUGAGAACCAGGCUUUCGCUCACAAUCAGGCCGCUGAGCACUUGAAGCUUGCCUCCGAGGCUGCUGCUGCUGAGGUCAAGAAGUAG